GAAAGUACGGACGAGUCCAGGUCUUUUCAACACAAUCUCUCUCUUCCUAAACCACAGAGGUCAGAGCAGUCUUUCAUUUCUCUCAUGCUCCGGCCCCAUCCAAUCACCGGUCACUGAGGCACUCAUUAACUCCAUCAAACCCUCGAAUUUAAGCACCAAACCAGGGCAAACCCCCUCUCUCUGUCUCUCUGGAUAAGUUUCAUCUAGGGUUAACAUAUAGCGUUUCGUUCUUUCCUUGUUUGCAGGUGCUCUCUGCAUAUAUAUAUAUAUCUAUAUCAGGGGUAUUAGUUUCAGGGUGUUCCUUAGCGAGUGAAUUAGGGUUUUCUGGUCGAUGAUCAUGGCGAAUGGGUACAUGUAUGUUGCCGAUACAAGAGGUAUGAAAUCAAUUACAGGUGAGGAUUUUGAGGAAGAGGAUAUGUGGGCUGUUUUCAAGGAGAAUAGUAAUGGCAGUCCCCAAUUUACACAGAAAAAGUCACCUGUUCCUCCUUCAAGGCGCAUUUCCUCUGCUUUUAGAAUGAUACCGAGAAGCAGCAGUGGCGUUGCCUUAGAACAAAGAAUCGUGGUGCAACAACAAUCGGCGCCUGUAAACAUACCUGACUGGUCGAAGAUUUACAGGAACAGGGGAUUCAAGUGCAAUCGCAUGGAUGACAAUAAUGGCGAUGAUGGGGAGGAUGACGACGAUGAGCGAGCCCAAGAUGGCCAUGGCCACGAAGACGAAGAUGAUGACGAUGAUGACAGGAUACCCCCUCAUGAGAUCAUAGCCAAGAAGCUGGCAAGAAACCAGAUCUCUUCUUUCUCUGUUUGUGAAGGGUUUGGAAGAACGCUAAAAGGUAGGGAUCUCAGCAAGGUUAGGAAUGCGGUUCUCACUCGAACUGGUUUCCUUGAGUAGCUACUGAGCUUUAUAUUUUUUUAUCAAUAGUACUGAUUAUCCAUGGAUAUGGUUUAGCAGUAUCUCUUCAUGGUUUCUUCCUCUUCUUUUUUUGUAAUGGCAAUGUGGUUUUGUUUUUUGCUGAAUUCUGGCUUUUGAAGCCCGAGAUUUUGAUCACCAGGGUGGAGAGAGAAACAGAGAAUGUGUAUUAUUUGGAGAACAUUGGUUCCUUCUCAAUAGAAUUAACUAAACUUCGUUGCUUCUCAGUCGUGUA